AUGCGGUAUCCACGGAUCCCCCUGACAUUGAAGCUGAAGCUUCUUGUUCUCCUCACCUCCUCAUCUUUGUUCCUCCCUUCACUCUCUUCCCCUACCAUUCCUCUGUACCCAAACGUGAAUGGCUACGCUGUGUUCUUAUGGGUCGGAACUCCUACCCAAAUCCUCUUAGCUCGGGUCGACACGGCCACUCCUUUCUCGUGGGCUCAGUGCCAGCCUUGUAGCGCCUGCUACCCUCAGACCCGCCCUCUCUUUGACUGUCGCGCAUCCGCCACUCUCCGAUACCUCGCUGGCGACUCCCCCACUUGCAGAAUCCCUGACAUGCGAGACGUCUUUUUGUUUCCUCAAGGCUCGUCCUGUCGCUUCGAUCUCAAAUACGCAGAGAAAUCUCGAUCUUUAGGAAGAGUCGUGACCGAUACGUUGACUCUGGUCCAUUCCGACACAAUCCUCGAGCAAUUCGUCAUGGGGUGCGCGGAUUCUCACGAGGGCCCCUUCAGCGCUCACUUUUCUGCAGUUCUGGGGCUAGGUCGUGGGCCUCUGUCUCUGCAGAGCCAGCUUCGUGCGGAGGCGUUUUCUCUGUGCCUGUCAUCCGAAAAACCCUCUGUCAUGAGUUUUUAUGGCGCCUCGCCUCCAAAAGAGCACUAUGAUGGCAACUCUAUUGCGGUUCCUCUGAGCCAGAAGGAUCGAUAUCCUCACUAUUACUUUGUGCAGUUUGUGGGCGUAGGUGUUGAUGGGUUCAUGCUGCAUGUUCCAUCCAGGGUUUGGGGCUAUGGGCUGAACUACAAUGGCGGGGUUAUUGUAGAUACAGGGUCGAAUCUGAUGCGUUUGCCAACCGAAGCAUAUAGUGUUUUUAGGUCGGAGAUUAGAAGGAAGAUGGGGAAUUUCAGGCAUAGGUUGGUGAGACCAGAGGGGUUGGAGUUUUGCUACGAAGAAGAACCUGCAAAUGUUUACCCCGAAAUAGAGUUCUAUUUUGAGAAUGGGUGGAUCGAAGGUGAGAAUUUUGUUACGUUGAAGCUGAGUGAUGAACAGAUAGUCAUAAGGCCAGAAGAAGGGGUUGUUUGCUUAGCGUUUAGGGAAGGAGAAGAUCCGGCUUUAACGGUCAUUGGGAACACUCAGUUGCUGGGGACCCUAUUGACAUACGAUCUGGCCAACGAUCUUGCAAUUUUCACACCCACUAAGUGCUAG